CACACUGAUGUGACAUCGAUUGACGCCUCUGGACGCCGAAAAGGCGUCCGGACGCCCCACACGACCGGGCGGUCUUGCGCCAUGACGGCAGAGGAGGAGCGUGACCGAAUCUAUGACCAGUUGUUGGAGGUGGUGAACUCCGUCCUCACAGGUCAGGUGGAGGCCAAAAGCGCGGCGGAACUCUUGGCGCCGAUUUCCUCCAAGGAGUCCUUGCAACAAGUCCUGGUGGAUGCCUUGUGGCUGGCGGGUUUCGCGGCCACCGAGAGUAACACCAAGGAAGCCAGGGAUAAGUUCAACGACCUUUGCUGCCAAUUGGAGCGGGAGAGGGUGAUCUCAAAACCCAUCCUGGCUGGGGGCUUGGAGACCGAGACGGUCCCCAGCACUGUUUGCAACACUGCGCUGCUGCGGAAGAAGCAGAAUCAGGCGAAGACCAAAGCUCGCUACACCGUGACAAGGUUCAACUUGCUCCGGGAGCACAAUGAAGGCUACGCCAGAUUGAUGAUGUACGUAGACAGACUUAUCCAUUUGGAUAGUGACAUCCAGGGCACUGCAGACCAGCUCACAAAGAUUCGAGAGAGCGUCAUCGAUGAUGUGAUGUUACUAAUUGGACACAGCUAUUUGUGUCCCAACCGGAUCAUUGCGAUGGCAAUUGACAUCUAUGAGAAGCUUCUCAUGGAGGAGGAAGAGCCCAGCAAACGGCCUGCUGCCUUGGUUUCCCUGUUGCGACGCUUCAGCAAGGAGCGCAUCACCAAGGUCGCCGCCUUCCUACUGAGCAGCUGUCCGCCUAUCCCAGCUGGGAAGGAUGCCAAGCAGGAUGCCAAGCCAGAGCAAAACUUGAGGUUUUCCCAGUUCCUUGCGAUGGCCUCCUUAGUCUCGCAGAAGAUCAUCGAUCUAAGGGUCUUGUGGACGUACUUGGAGCCCAAUGAGAGGAAGAUUCAUGAGGCCUAUUACAUGCUCUUGAGAAGAUAUGAGGCCAAGUUGAAGACCGUCUCCGUGGUGGACCUCUCUGGGAAAUCCAACCUAGCGCGGGACAAGCUCAAAUUCAAUAGCUGUGUGAAGCAGUUCAACCAGCUCUUGAAUCAGAAGAUCCGCCUCGUGGAGGCGAUGAUUAGCAUUAACGAUUGGCAGAACUCCUGCGUCAUGCUCACCCAUCUCCGGAAGAUUUGCCGGCCUUGCAUGAACCACUACCUGCGCUCGGCCUUGUGUGAUUUGCUGAAGUGGAUCGUGGAGCCCUUGCUCCCAAAGACCAGUCAGGGUGGCUACAAGAAGGAGCGGCGCUUCCACUGGGGUGCGUCAUUGCAAGAAGGUGAAGGCGCUGCUGUGCCCUUGUACCUUCGACAGGCCAAAGAUGUGGAGGACUUUCUACCUGCGGCCAAACAGGUCUUGGACCAGUUGGAGUUCUAUCUCCACACGGACAAUGUUCUCAUGGGCAAUCUCUGGGAGGUCAUGGCGCUGUCCAUGAAGGAUCUUCCUGCGAGCAAUCCCGUGGCGGCAGCGUCCGCAAAUAGUGCCGCACUCUCCAACAAGGUCCUGGAUGACAAGCUGGUGGCAGUGGUUUUCAAGCAUUUACUGCCGGCCAUCUCUAUUGCCAAACCAUGCCCAUGGCUGAGCAAUAUGGCUUGGAAUGUGUUGAAGCAACUUACCGUCUUUCAGCGCUAUACUAUCUACAGUUGUUGGGAGACCAAGUACAACCAGUUCAUGCUGAAGUACAGCUACGAAGAAGCCAAGUUUGAGGCUAAAAAGAUCUUGAAGCGAGUUGUCUCCAGCGACAAGUCUGACAGAGACCGAGAUCGAGAUGACCCCAAUUCUUACAAGCCCAGUCCGGCCUUUUGUCAGUUGUGCCAGACCAAUCCCAUUCCCAUUGUGGAGGUGAUGUUGAAGGACAUUGAGAUUGGCUUCAACGUGAACAUGAUCCAACCCUACGUGGACCUCACCCAGCGCUGCUCCGAGAUGAUGACCGACGUGGUGGGCUACGUCCUGGCGCGGAACUGCGAGCGUCCAGCCUCGGAGACCAGGACGUUCCUGAACCCUGCUGACGGGUUUUUGUCGCCUUGGCUGAGCAACUUCUCAGACUUCAUCGGUCGCUUCUACAAGAAGCAUCCGCAGACGAACCUGGUGGGGAUUUUGACUGUGGUGGCUCGGCGGAUGAUGAACGACAUUCCGGAGAUGAAAGACAUUGCGAAGCCAGGCGCCGCCCGACAAUCCUCGAAGAAGUUCAAGGGCGAAUCCUUGAUCCGGGUGGUUCUGGAGAAGCUCAUGGAGCACAUGGGUGGUCUCAUCGUGGUGAAAGAUUUGACGGCAGAGCAGUUGGUGUGCCUAGCGGGCGGCCCACGCUUGCGUUUGGAGUCCGUCUCGGUGGGGACACGACCCGAUCCUCAGCGAAAGGAAAGGACAAAGAAGGCCUUGAUGGAUAGCAUCGUUGAUUUGGGUUUGGCCACUGCUUUGUGGGACUGCCUUAGCAAGCAGCGCCUCUAUUUCCUCUCGGAGAGCUUCUCAGAGGUGAACAGCGGCGAGGGCGCGCUAAAGUUGCUUUGUCAGCUCAUUGAUGGGAGUCAGGAUUGCUUCCUGAGCCUGAUCGACUUUCUGUCUCAGGCUUCUGCGAGGGAGAGAUACAUCAAGUUAGUUCCACCUUUUCAGCAGAUCUUCGGCAUCUUGGAGCCCCCUUUAGCGUACGCUGCUCUCCGGCCCGGCUUGCUGCCCUUUGCACGAGGCGUGGCGCAUGGCGCCAAGGCAGACGCCAAGGCGAUGGUGCAUACUCCAGAGGAGGUCGAGCUGCAGCAGCAGUUGUUGGGCAUUGCCCAGAAGUGCUUGCCACGCCCCAUAGAGGAGGAUGGCUUGUCCAUGGACUUUUACGUCACCUUUUGGCGGCUUUCCUUGCAGGACAUCUUCGUUCCGACCGAAGGCUACGAGAAGGUCUUGAACCGGAUCCAGUCUGGUCAGCGGAGCUUCGAGGACUCGAAGGCCAAGCUGGAUCGGAAGUACAGCCCGGACACCCACAGCCGGGAAUACAAGGCGGUGGUGCGGAACUUGCAGAGACAAAAAGAGGCCUACGACAAGGUGAAGGAAGAGCAACUUCAGCAGAAGUUGAACUUUGAGAAGGUCCUUGCGCGUUUGGAGUUGGAGAAGGGCGGCUGGUUCCUCAAGAAGUCCCCAGAGGCUACACAGGCGAUGGUGGCAGAGAUGAUUAUGCCACGAGCACUCACGUCUUAUUCUGACGCUCUCUUUUGCUGUAAGUUCAUUCGUCUCCUCAUCCGGAUGAAGACCUCUGGUUUCCUCUUUUUAGAUUUCUACAACGUCUGGACACUGAUGUUGUGCAUGAACUUGCGCUCCUGCACUGAGCGGGAGGCACAGAUCUGCGGCCUUCUCCUACGAGAGAUGAUGUCAUAUGUGUGCACUUUGAGAAAGAGUGAAAAGGCCUAUGAGCAAGAGAUGAAAGAUAAUCCAUGCUUCCACCGGCAUCACUUUGACUCCAACAACGUUGAGACAACGAUUGAGUUCGCUAAGCAUGCGGACAUCGUGCGAGGUCACAGCAAGUGGGAGGGGCGGAUCUACAAGGUCUUGCGGCAGAAUCUGGAGUCGUCGGAAGACUGGUCCGACAAGAGGAACACCUUGCUGCUCCUCAGUGAGUCCUGUGAUAGCUAUCCUGUCUUGGAGAGAUACGCCAGGGGUGUGCUUCAGUGCGUGGAGAAUGUCCGCGACCGUGAGAAGGCCAAUGACCUCAAGACCUUGGCCAACUCCCUUGCUGUGAAGCUGAAGGCAUGCAGCAAGAACUGGAUCAAGGUGGAAGCCAAAGAGAGCGCCAAAUCAACGCCGAAGAUUGCGCCCAAGCCAAAGGAAGCGCCUAAGGACUUGUCGAAAGAGGCCCUCAAGGAGACCUCCAAAGAUGCCAAAGAGGUCUCCAAGGAGGUGCCCAAGGAGGUUCCCAAAGAUGCCUCCAAAGAUGUCUCCAAAGAUGCUCCCAAGGAUCCGUCCAAGGAGCGGAAGGAGAUCAAAGAGCCACCCAAAGCGUCUGCGAAAGCCAAGGAGGAUGCAAAGGCUAAGCCAAAGGAAGGUCAAAAGAAAGAGGUGAAGGAGGGAAAAGAAGUCAAGGAGAAGUCCAAAGAAGAUCGGGAACACAAGCGCCGCCCAGAGCCUCCGCGCAACGGUGGUGCGGAGGAGAGGCCGGAAAAGAGGCCGCGGCACGGCGAGACCAAGCGCCGGGAUGCCUGCAGUGAAGAGACCAUUCUUUUGAUUUAAUAUUCCCAUAGGUUCCCAUGAAACCGAAUGAUACAACAUCCGAAACCUCAAUGUCGAUUUGUGAAGUCGUUUGGACUUUGUUGAGGAUUAAAGGUGGCUGGUUGGGGGCCACAGUUCUUCAGAAUCCGCUCAUCCCAGGAUGAUGACGUGGUCAUGAUCACGCCCUCGACCUCUGCCCGCUCCAUCAACCGCACCGUGCCCCGGAACUCCUUGUCGGUGCAGUCCAACGACCGCGACGGCCGUGGGAGCUCCCGAACCGUCGCCGAGUCGCGGCGGCCGCCGGCCACGCAGUACGCCAGCGGCCGGCAUGAGCGUCCGGAGCGACACCGGUGAGUGAGUUGCGCGGCUCAAAGAGCGGCGGAACACAAGAGACUUCUCUUGUAUGAAAA